AUGGAUUCUGACGGCGAUUAUAAUGAGCCUGCCAAUACCGAUCCUCGCAUUGAAGAUGAGGCGUCUGACCUAGAUGAAAAAUAUCCCAACCGCCCACGAAAUCAUUCCGCUACUUUGCCGUUUCAUGUUUUGUUCCAGACACUUUUCUAUCCGUUGAGUGAGAUCAAAAAGAAGCCAGCUGGACCUGCGCGCAAGAAGGUCGGCCCUCAUGGACUGUCUAGCACUAAUCUGACGCCAUUGGAAAAAAGGCGAGACGUUAUCGACCGCUUCAUCUCAAGAUGGAGGAAGGAGGUCGGGGACGACAUAUACCCCGCGUUUCGAUUGAUUCUUCCCGACAAAGAUCGGGAUCGGGCAAUGUACGGAUUGAAGGAGAAAGCUAUCGGGAAGCUCCUAAUCAGGAUAAUGAAAAUCGAUAAGAAUUCGGAGGAUGCCCUUAAUCUCUUAAAUUGGAAAUUACCGGGACAGGCGACUACGUCUAGCAUGGCUGGUGAUUUCGCAGGCCGAUGCUACGGUGUACUCUCGAAGCGACCAAUGCGCACGGAAGUGGGUGAUAUGACCAUCGAGGAAGUGAAUGAGAAACUCGAUCAGCUAUCCGCGGCAUCUAAGGAAGAGCAACAGUUGCCGAUAUUGACAGAGUUCUACCGACUAAUGAACCCGGAAGAGCUCAUGUGGCUUAUUCGCAUCAUCCUACGACAGAUGAAGGUUGGUGCAACGGAGCGCACCUUCUUUGAUGUGUUGCACCCAGACGCGGAGAAUCUGUACAGCAUUUCAAGUAGUCUUCGGCGCGUCUGUUGGGAGUUGCAUGAUCCUAAUAUCCGGCUUGAUGCUGAAGAAAGGGGAAUCACGUUGAUGCAGUGUUUCCAACCACAGUUGGCUCAAUUUCAGAUGCAAUCACUGGAUCGGAUGAUUAGUCGGAUGAGGCUGACAGAAGAUGAUCCGGUUUUCUGGAUUGAGGAGAAACUUGACGGGGAGCGCAUGCAGCUUCAUAUGGAAUCAAACGACUCUGUACCAGGGGGAAGAACGUUUCGCUUCUGGUCAAGAAAAGCCAAGGACUACACAUAUCUCUACGGAAAUGGCAUCCAGGAUGAGAAUGGUGCUUUGACAAGAUAUCUCAACGAUGCGUUUGCAGAUGGCGUGGAAAGCUUGAUUCUUGACGGCGAAAUGAUUACUUGGGAUACUGAGCAAGAUGCCAUUGCCCCUUUUGGCACGCUUAAGACGGCUGCCUUAUCCGAACAGAGAAACCCGUACUCGAGCACUAGCCGGCCCUUGUUCCGUAUCUUUGACAUACUGUACUUGAACGGACACGAUAUCACAAGGUACACUCUUCGUGACCGCCGGAACGCAUUGCAGAAAAGUAUCAAGCCAAUUCAUCGCAGGUUUGAAAUCCACCCUUACGAAGAAGCUACGAGCAAAACUGAAGUAGAGGAAGCACUGAGAAGAGUCGUAGAAGAGGCUUCCGAGGGCUUGGUGCUUAAGAAUCCCAGGUCACCCUAUCGCUUGAAUGAAAGACACGAUGACUGGAUGAAGGUAAAACCGGAAUAUAUGACUGAGUUCGGAGAGUCAUUGGAUGUAGUCGUGAUCGGAGGCUACUAUGGAUCUGGUCAUCGGGGUGGUGGCCUUUCAAGUUUCUUAUGUGGGUUAAGGGUCGAUGAUGCCCAUUCCUCACAAGGAGGGGUGGCAUCUAAGUGUUAUUCUUUCUGCAAGGUAGGGGGAGGCCUUACUGCAGCUGAUUAUGCAAACAUUCGGCAUCACACGGACGGCAAAUGGCACGAAUGGAAAGCCAAGAAGCCUCCCACAACAUACAUUGAAUUGGCAGGCGGAGAUGCGCAGUACGAGCGCCCAGACAUGUGGAUAAAGCCCGAAGACUCGGUGGUACUCUGCGUUAAGGCAGCUUCAGUGGCUGUCAGUGACCAGUUUCGUAUCGGACUGACGCUACGUUUUCCACGCUUCAAAAAGCUGCGUAUGGACAAAGAUUGGAAAAGCGCUCUCUCAGUGCAAGAGUUCCUUGACCUCAAAGCCAACGCAGAACAAGAGCGCAAAGAGAAAGAAUUCAAUGUGGAUAAUUCACGCAAGAAACGGGCGAAGAGGGAUAACAAAAAGCCUCUAGCUAUUGCAGGGUAUGAUGCGGAAGCAGAAGCUCAGUACGCCGGCCCAUCCGGGCAUAUCUUCGAAGGGCUAAAUUUCUACAUCACAACCGACUCAACCGCACCGGUCAAAAAGUCAAAGGCGGAGUUAGAACAGCUCGUCAAAGCUAAUGGGGGCAAGUUCUUUCAGACGAGUAAUGCUGCUCCUAGCACAAUUUGUAUCGCGGACAGAAGGACUGUAAAAGCCGCGUCUCUUCAAAAAAGCGGCAAUGUCAAUAUUAUCCGGCCAUCCUGGAUUCUUGAUUGUAUCAAGCAGAGUGAAAUUGAUGCGGGUUUGCCCGGUUCAGUUCUUCCUCUAGAACCCAGGCACGCCUUCUUCGCGACAGCAGACAAAAAAGAGGAGAUUGCAGUCUUGAGGCAGAUGAGCAAGGAUCAUCAUUUUGAUGUUUCUCAGCAUCCCGAAAUCUCCCGAAAACUCAACGAGCGUAUUCAGGAGAGAGUCAAUGCCGGAUGGGAGAUGCCUUCCGGAUGGCUGUUCAAGGGUUUGACCAUUCUCUUUCCCCAGAAUGACAAAGUGGACGAUGCAGAAGUAGACGAGGCGCCACCAACCCAUCAGCAAUACCGUCUUCAUUUGGCACGCAACACUGCGCGAUUUGCAGGAGCGAGUGUUGUGGAUUCGAAAUCUUCGUUGGUUACUCACAUCGUCAUAGCUCCGGAUAGCCCAAAUUCAGAUGUCUCUUCGAUCCGCAAAUCAUACUCGGCGAGACCGGGGAAGAAGGUGCCACACCUCGUCACUCCCGAAUGGAUAGAGGAGUGCUGGAAGCAGCGGACGCUGUUGGACGAAGAGGGGUUCCAGCCUCCCAGAGGUACCUAA